CUCUCGCGUCAAAUGCACAAAAAAUGGUGGCCGUUCUGUGGUUGAGUGACAUGUGAGAUUCGGUUAGCAAUUUUUUUACCGAGGAAAACAAAAAAUCGUAUUUGUAUUUGCCAAACCCUCUCAGAAUUAAUAUAUUAAUUAACUAGAAUUCAAUUAAUACAUAGUGUUUUGUAAAAGACACACAAGAAGCAGCCACUCUUUAGGUCGAACUUCCCCUCAUCCGAUGUCCUGUUUGGCAAGUUGAUCGUGCCCGUAAAGUUACACAAUGUCGUAUCCAGGUCGCCCCCCAAUCAUGCAGGGUCUUCCGAUGGCAUAUAUGUCAAUGGGGGGUCCUGCGCCUCCGCUUAUGCCUGCCGUUAUGCCCCUUCAACAUAUGGUACCUAUUCAGGUAACAAGCGCCCCACAAAUCCGGGCCUUACCAAGACUGAACGCCAGUCGGGAGCAGCUGAAGCAAAUGCAGGGACCUGCAGUGACGGUGUUUGUUGGUAAUAUUACGGAAAGAGCCCCUGAUGCAAUGAUUCGUCAAAUUUUGGCUGCGUGCGGACACGUCAUGAGCUGGAAGAAGGUAAAAGCAUUUGGUUUUUGUGAACUAGCUGGGCCUGACGCCGGCUUAAGGGCUGUUAGGUUGCUUCAUGAUCUCAUGGUUGGGGACAAGAGGCUGGUGGCGAAGGUGGACGCUAAGACAAAGACUGUACUAGAUGAAUAUAAAGAGCAACGGCGGCGAAAAAAAGAAAAAGGAUCAUCACCUCUUCAAGAUGAACGAGACGAAGAUGUCUUGGACGAAGAGACUCAAGCGUUGGACGCUGUGGCUAUGGAAAGAAUUAAACAAAUUCUGAACGAAUAUGAGGAUGAAAUGAACAAUUUUGAAUUAAAGAAAGAAGAGGAGGUGAUUGAGAAGUGUCAUAAAGUAUUAGAAGAGGCAGAUGUUGAGGAAGAAAAACGUGAUUUGAUUACAAGGGAGAUUGGAAAGUUUCGCGAAAUCAUGAAAAAACAAGAGGAAGAGAAGGAAGUCAGCAAGCGGAAAAAAGAAGAAAAAGAGAAGAAUCGAGAGAAGUCACCCUCACAUUCGCCCAGUCCGCGAAGACGUGAUAAAGAUGACAAAAGAAGACGUCGUUCAAGAUCUAAAUCGAGGACGCACGAACAUAGCAGGGAACGCGAGAGAGAACGGGAUCGAGAUAGGGAAAGGGAGAGAGAACGCGAGCGAGAAAGGGAACGUGAACGCGAAAGGGAGAGGGACAGGGAAAGAGAGCGGGAAUUGAGAGAUCGCGAACGAGAUCGGGAAGAAAAAAAGAGCACUAAAGAUCUGUUGAAGGAGAAAGAGAUGGAAGAAGAGGCGAAAGAAAAGAAAAAAGCUGAAAGAAGAGCCAGAGAAAAAGAAGCAGCUUAUCAGGAAAGACUUCGGGCUUGGGAGACUCGAGAACGCCGAAAAGCGAAGGAGUAUGAGAAAGAGCGGGAAAAGGAACGACUCAAGGAGGAAGAACGCGAACGUGAAGCAAAGAGAUUGAAAGAAUUUUUGGAAGAUUAUGACGAUGAAAGGGAUGAUAUCAAAUAUUACAAGGGCAGGGAAUUACAAAGGAGACUAGCUGAACGGGUCAAAGAAGCAGAACUUGAUACUAGAGAUAGACAGAAGGAAAAAGAAGAAAUUGAAGAAUUGAAGAACAGGAUAUUCUCAGGUGAUCACGAAGAUCCAAACGCCGAAUUUGAACGAGUGAAAAGAGAAAAGGAAGAACAAUACAAACCCAGAUUAUUGAUUGAUGUUAAUUUGGAUCAUUGGAAACAGAAAGAAAAGGAAAAAGAAAGAGAACUGGAAAGGCAAAAAGCAAGAGAACGAGAUCGUUAUAGAGAAGUUGAGAGGCAAAGAGAUAGACAGAGAGCGAGGGAAGAAAGGGAAAAAUAUGUAUUGCAACAAGCAGCACAGGAAUUGGCUGCGGUUGAAGCAGAACCCAUUGACAGUGAUAGUGACAUGGACGAUAAUCACUACAGUCCAGCGCCACCAGAACCUGAUGCUAAUUCAAAUGACGAUUCAGAAUCGACAAAGUGGACGCAGGUGCAAGCCGGUGAAGACGAUUCGAGACACUCUUUCACCUCAAAUCACGAUGAAAACCCACCUCCUCCGACUGGAACUGGAAUGAAAAUUACUUUAGCUAAACCAAUUACAUUUAGUCCUUCAACACAACAACCCAAACGAAAGAAACUUGAUCUUCGAGAAGUAUUUAAUCCGGAUGAAGACGACAGUAAUACACAAGUGAAAAAACGAAAGCUCGUCCCACUUGAUUACAACGAAGACAAAAAAGGUAAGAAGGAUAAAGACAGUGAGAAGAAAUCAGAAGAAUCUUUGAAGUCACAAGAGGAAAAGAAAAAGACCAUAAAGUCAUUAAUAGAGAAAAUACCAACAGAGAAAGAAGCGUUAUUUGCUUAUCAACUUGACUGGUCAGCUAUUGACAAUAGUUUGAUGGAAAGGAAGAUUCGCCCGUGGAUUAAUAAAAAAAUUAUUGAGUACAUUGGUGAACCUGAACCCACUUUGGUUGAUUUUAUUUGUUCCAAAGUGUUGGCAGGAUCCCAACCUCAAGUCAUCUUGCAAGAUGUCCAGAUGGUAUUGGAUGAAGAAGCCGAAGUUUUUGUUGUUAAAAUGUGGAGGUUGAUAAUUUAUGAAGUUGAAGCAAAAAAGUUAGGUUUAGUGAAGUAGCAGUUAUUUCAAAUGUAUAUAAUAAGAUGGACAUUAGGUUUACAUUUAUAUAAUUCAUGUACAUCAAUUUAUCGAGUAUAUAAUUUGCUGCAGGUAUUAAACAUUUGUCUUUAUUUGAAUGCAUCAGGAUAUGUCAUGUUCGUUGAAACUGAAAAGUUUUAUUUUAUGUAAGCAUGUCCAAGAUUUUAAAAAAUAAACUUAAUUUUGAAGUCUUC